AUGUUGUGUUAUAGGAUUCUCAUCUUACUUCCUGUGUUAGUAAUUGUAUGUGUGUCGGGACAAAAAGUAGGCCCACCUGGCCCAAUUUCCUCACAUUUCCUUGAUUGGCUAAUAGCUCACGGUUAUGAAGCUGACGCCUUUGAUCGACCAGAUGUCGGACCAAACGGCAGUUUUGGAGGCAAGAAGAGGAGUUCAGAAAAAUUAUCCAAUGAACCAGUUAUCUUCAUUCAUGGUAAUGGGGAUGCCGCUCUUCAUACACAAGCACCUUUAGCUACAGGGUGGAGUAGAUCUAUCCAAUACUUCUUAGAACAAAAUUACACAGAAGCAGAACUGUAUUCUACUACAUGGGGAGACGCUUGGGGAAGUGGCUCUAUUCUUGACAGCUAUAGUACCAUGCAUACUUGCGCUAAUUUAUUAUACUUGAGAAGAUACAUUGAAGCGGUCAUCGCAUACACUGGAGCCAAGAAAGUUGAUGUCAUUGCCCACUCUGUUGGAGUUCCUUUAGCCAGAAAAGUUUUGAAAGGAGGAGAUUUGAUCGGUACUGAUGGAAACUGUACUCUUGGUCCCCCACUUACUGAUAAAAUCGAUACAUUUGUCGGAAUCGCUGGUCCAAACUAUGGUCUAUGCGUUUGUCAAUUGGCACAAACAGUCCCAGCGUGGUGUAAUGCUUUAGACGGACUUUAUCCAGGAUAUACAUGCCAAGAUCAGUUGUUAUGUGGCUACACCUCGGGAGACUGUCAACAAGAAAAUUACUCAGCUUUACUCGAGAAGAUCAACAAAGAUCCUGUCCGGGAAGCUGAGCAUAUUUAUGCCAUGUGGAGUGAUGUUGAUGAAGUUCUUCUGUUCCGAGGAAUGACAUGGGGAAAACCAACAUCUAGGAUACCAGGCAUGAAUGGUCGCUGGGUUUCUGAUAGAAACGGUCAUGUUGCAAUGAAGGAUCUCACUGAGCUUAGACAAUACGAGGCUGUGGUACAUCAUUCUAUUUAA